GUGUUGGGCUCAAAGUUGCACUCGGCUGCACAGGGAUAUUACCUGCUGUGCUGUACUGGUUGACUUAGAGCCAACAUGGACGUGCUGACAGUUUUGCCAUCCGGGUUUGGAUAUGUCAUAUUUACUUACCUCUACAGCUGGGUAAUGCUAACUUAUUUAGGAAUCAAGGUUGGAGCUGCCCGAAAGAAGUAUGACGUACAGUAUCCCACCAUGUACAGUGACAAGGAGAAGAUGUUCAACUGUAUUCAAAGGGCGCAUCAAAACACUCUAGAGGUGUAUCCACAGUGGCUCGUUUUUCAGACGAUUGCAGCGCUUGUCUACCCUCUUGCAGCAUCAGUUCUUGGAGCCAUUUGGGUGACCAGCAGAUUUUCCUAUGCCUGGGGUUACUACACUGGAGAUCCGGCAAAGAGAAUGAAUGGAGCCUAUGGAUACAUUGGAUACCUUGGAGUCAUCAUUCUUUCAAUAUAUAUUGGUUUGCAGUUGCUUGGAGUUUUUUAGGCAAUGCUAUACUACUCCUGUUUGACUUAAUUGUUUUCCCAUGUAGUUAUGAUUUAUAUAACGUUUGUGUUACACUUGUAUAACUAACUGCAUGGUUUGCAUGUGUGUUUGAUCAUUAUGUAGACUUUAAAUGAAACAAGCAGCUAUUUAAGCUAUCACGUUGUGACAGCUAAUAAUAUAAGUGACCAAUAAAAAUUACCAUUUACCAACCACUACUCAGAGACCUCAUGUGUUCUUUAUAGAGAAGCAACCCAAACAAAAGACUUAACGUGAGGCAUGAGGUUUGAUCAUGUGACUAACACUUGACGUCUGAAACACAAGACUUUUUAACAAAGCAAAUUAAGAAAUCAAUGAUCAGAGUUCUUUUAUCUUCUGUAA